AUGGAAAAUCCACUUGAUUGGUACGCUGAAGCAAAGUCUGUGAUUGAUAGCGAGAUAUCCCUGUUGAAUCAUAUUAGUAUAUCGUCAUUGGUAGUUUCGGACGGUGUAUAUUUGAAUAUUGAAACACUUGAAAAUCAAAAGUUUUGUGUGCUCUUGAAUAAACAAGGAUUUCGUGUUGUUGCCAAAGCUUUUGAUCAAGACACCAACACCUCGCAAUUCAGUUACGAAACUCACUUUGCACUAUUGUCUAAUAUCAGCAAAAGCUAUAGUCGACGAUUCAAUGAGUUAGUAGCAGUUAAAUUGAAUGAAGUCGCUGGGUCAUGCAAAGAUACAGAUAAUUAA